AUGGAAAAUCGGUCAACAAAAGAGUUUGAAGAUAAUAAGUCACAAUCAAAGCAAGCUGAGGCGGAGAUAAUAUUGGAUGAACCUAAAGGAGCUCUAAAGAAAGUUUGCAUUAAAAAAACAGAGCAUAAAGGUAGAGGCAUUUAUGCUCUCGAGACUAUUCAACGGGGAACUAGUAUUUGGCAAGAGUUACCGUUUUCAGCGGUAGUAGAUGAUCAGAAUAUCUCUAAAGCAUGCAGUUCAUGCUUUGUGAAUGACAAAAGGAUGUUCAGAUGCUCUAAAUGUAGUUUGGUUCACUAUUGCUCCAAGCAAUGUCAGGUUGAUGAUUGGCAAAACCAUCAAGAGGAAUGUAAAGCAACUGUAAAGGUUCAAAGAAAUCCUCCAACGUUUAUUCGCUUAGCAUCAAGGAUCUUGAGGAAAAGAAGAGUAGAUGUGACUUUGUUUAAGCAGAUUGAGAACUUGGAAAGCAAUUACUCUAAAUUUCAACAAUCUCAGAUGGAAACCUUUGCCCAGUUGGCUAUGGUUGUUAAAGAAUGUGUUGGAAAAGAUGAACUGAUUCCUGCAGCAGAUAUGCUGACUCUUUUUUGCCAAUUGACGUCGAAUGGCUUUAGUGUAUUGGAUGCAGAGAUGCAGUCUACUGGAGUUGGGAUAUAUCCCAAUGUAUCCCUGUUGAAUCAUUCUUGCUGGCCAAACUGUGUUGUAAUUUUUGAAGGAUUGAAAUUGAAUGUUCGACCAAUCAGAAAAAUAGAAAUUGGUGAAGAAAUCACAAUUUCAUAUACAGACUUAUUCUUUACUGGUGAGGAGCGCCGAAAAGAGUUGUAUGAGAGAUAUUUUUUUACGUGUCGAUGUGAACUGUGUGAAAAGUAUAAAUCGGUCUCUGAAGUGGAUCCAAGAAGUGCUCUACGGUGUUCUAACACUAGUUGCGAUAAUCCUGUUGAUCAGCCUAGUUCUUCUGACAAGGAUGAAGAGUAUGCCGUCUGUUGUAAGUGUGGGAAGAUAUCAACGUUUGACGUAGCAGUAUUGGAUGAUAACUUGAAGAAAGCGCGGUCAUUAUUUAAAAAAGGAUCCGAGUUAUCUACAUCAGAACCUGAAAAUGCUCUGACCUAUCUUCAUCAGGCAUUUCUUAUUCAACAAUCGCUAUUGUAUUAUGCGAAUCAUGAGUUAGUAAUGACCCACAGAGCCCUAUUUGACUGCAGCAGUAAACUUCAUAAAUGGGAUGAAGCAUUACAACAUGCAGAGUGUCUGGAGAGAGCAUAUCACGUCGUAUACCCUGAAUAUCACCCUGAUACUGCAGUACAAAUUUACAGGGUUGCCAAAAUACUCUUGUAUAUGAACCAAUUGGAGAAAGCAGUGACUGAACUCAGAUAUGCGUUGAAGAUUUCAGAAGUGACGUGUGGUUAUCGGCAUAAACUCACUAAAGUGAUAGAGACAAGUCUCAAAAAUAGUGAGGCGGAAAUUGCUAUUGGACAAAGUACUAGAUCGUGA